ACAAGUGCAAUCGCCAAUAUUUCUCGUCUCGCUCCGGAGGUUUGCUCGUGUGUUUUGUUACGUUUACGGAACUUUGUCUACAAGUAAUUAAAUAAAUAAUGCCUUUUAUAUCGAAAGACUGGCGAUCGCCUGGUGAAGUGUGGGUGAAAACACAGGAAGGCUGGGAGAAGAAAAAAGUUCUUGAAUGCACAGCACAAAGAUAUGCAGCUAUUUCUAACUUUAGUAAUUCAGACGAUAAGGAACAAAAAUGGAGCGAAGAUGGCGAAGGUGACAAAAGUACAGAUGAUGUCGUCGCAAGAGUUCCUCCUCAUUGUCACAUCACAAUCAAAUGCACAAGAGAGAUAGCUGGUUUCAACGGCCUAUCAGAAGCAGUCCGUCGCCUGGACUUCUCAUCCGCCGUCCGUGACGUUCGGCGGUUCAACUACAUCUGCGCUCUUUUGGAACUGCUGCUGUGCGGCCAGAGACUAACACACCUGCCGGGUGCUGCGCAGAAACUCCUCUUGUCUAUGCUUGAACAACUUGCUGAUCAAGUUGCAACAUCGAAGCAAAAUCUAAACGCAUUAAGGGCUCUAGUAGUAGGUCUAACAGCUAUACGGGAAGCUGAGAGACGCGCGUGUUGGGGCCGACCACUGGGCUCCCGUGCGCUCUGGGGACACCAUGACCAUGCGAUAGCCAGGAUUAAUAGAAUCGCUGACAGCAUUCGGAUACAGGAGCCUGGUCCAGAAGUAGUGCCGAAACUACAUGAUCUCCCUGAAGAAUGCAUCAGGGAGAUAUUGUUAAGGAUAGCUGACCACAGGGAUUUGGAUUCAGCAUCAUCAGCCUGGUCAGUGAUGGCGUCGCUAUGCUCUGAACAACGCGUGUGGCGCGAACUAGUCAACUUCCAUUUCACGUCACAACAGAUCGACUCGGUUCCGAAAACUGAUGAUAAUGAUUGGAAGAAACUCUUCCAUCAGCUUAGAAAGCUAUACGGCUUACGCGAAGAUGCACAGUACGCGGAGACACUGUCCUUGUGCCGUCACUGCAAGUGCCUGUUUUGGCGAUCUUUAGGACACCCUUGUAUAGCUGAUCAGUGUCCAGAAUAUCGCGAACGCCUGAAAGAAGCGGGCGGGCCACUUCCCCCGCAAACCGUACCACCAGCGGCCUUCCUCAAAUUCUUCUCGCUUUAAAUGUUACCAGAUAAAAAAUAAAACACCAGUGAAAGAAAAUAGCGAUCGAAAUAUAAAUAAUGAAAUGUCGGGAAAAGUCGGGAAUACAUCAUUGCAAUGACGUCACCAAUGGAUGGAAUUUUAGUUGAUUAUGUAUCAAUAGUUUAUUAAAUAAUGUUACCCUAAUCUUCUAGGAUUUAAGCUAAAACGAGAAAAAAAUAUGUUUAAUAUAAUAAUAUUGGAAGCAGAUAAUUCAGUCACAUUUUGUCAUCAUAAAAUGAGCAAGUAUUUGCAAAAAAUUCAUAUUAGGUGUGUUAGAAAAACAUCACAAGGGUCAAUAAAAUGAUCACAUAGAAUUAUUAUAUUGAAGUUAAAAUGUAAGUGUAACCCAUGACUUAAUCAUAACUAAUAAUCAUAGUAUUAUUAACUGUAAUACAAAAUUGAUGUAGUAUUAAAAACAUCACAAUGCUAUAAAAUGUGUUCAUUUUUUGGUCUUGUAUUAUAUUCAAAGAGGCAGUUUUAAAUGUUAAUAAUUAUUUAAGGCCUUUGUAUAACAUUUAUGGUAAUUGCGAAUUCUGUAUAAUUAAAUUGUAUUUUAAGCUUUAUAUCGUGAACCUAUCACAAAUUUAUAACUGAUGUGCAAUUUAUUUACUUCUUAAAAUCUGCUUAAACCGCGCCAGUAUUCUUAGAAUAAAAAUGUUACAAAUACAAAAAAAUGUCAAUGAACAACCAUAACUAAUCUAAUUACCUACAUAGGUAAUUGUUGUUAACAACAAUUAGUAAUUUUAAAAAUAAACUUAAUAGUAAAGCAGCAAGCAAGGUGAACAUUACAGAUUAUAUCAAUUAAGUCUUAUUAAAGGUGGCAGUUACGAAAAGAUUAAAAUUUUAUUGUUUAAUAAUAUUCUUGUUUAUUAACGCAAAUAAUCGUAGAUGCUUUAAUUUCUUUGUGAUAUUUAAAUUCAUGACUAUUUAGUGUGGCUUAGUUCUUAGUGUUUUUAUUAAUAGGCUAUGUAUUUGAUUUGUAUUUAUUGUGGAAUUUAUAUUUAUAAGUAAAAUUACUUAUUUGGAUUAUUUGCAGAUGUUAUGUACUUAGAAAAUUUAGAUUUGCCCUCACUCAUAUAAUUAAAAUUUUAAUGUAAAAAUAUAAAGAAUAAAUUAACAAAAAAAAAAACAAUAUUAGGAAAGUGUUUCAUAUGUAAUGAAGAAAAUCCUAAAACUCAUAAAAUUAUGAUCUCUAUUGCAUAAUAUUAUAUUUGACUGUUCAAUGCAAUAAAAUAAGUAGUGAUUUCAUACAUAAGUAUUUAGAUUUCUAAAAUAGUAAAAGUACAUGAGUAAGAAUAUUUUUCUAACAAAUAAUAUUUCCGAUACUGUUCAACUAUUCAGAUUGACUAUAGAUAUCCACUGAAAUCCAUUCAAGUGAUUUUUUCCAGUAAAAAUUACUGAUAAUUUUUUAUGCUUUCUUAUGCUACCUUGGAUUGGUUAUAAAUGCAGUUUUGACUGAUUUUUUUCGACUCUGAUUGUUAGAAUAAUUUUGCUGGAGCAAACAUCUCUAUAUUUAGUUAGGUUAAGACUAAUUAACUAAUAUCAGGGUUAAGAUUUCUUACUAUAACUGGUUGUAUUCUGAUUAUGCGAUAUGCCAGGCCUAACCAAACAUCUGUACUUCUGUCCAUAUUUCUCUUAUAAUAAAUACUUUGCCACAAUUUACCUUAAGUGAGUUUAAAAUCUAAGUCUGAUAUCAAAUAAAAAUUGUUUGUUGUAGAACCAUAGAGUAGAUGUUAUAUUGUGAUAUUUUAAGAUAAUUUUACGAAAAUUGUAGUUGCAUGUUAUUUCUAAGUUAAGUGCAGCUUUCUUACUCUGUAGUUCUCUUAGUUGAUCUGUGAUUGUGAUUUAUAAAGAGGUUUUUUUUGUCAAUGAUUGUCUCUGAUUAUUUGGAAUAAAGUUAUUUUGAACA